UCUCAAAUUACGUCACGUUGCCUCGCGACCUUUACAAUUGUCAGCUCAAAUCGUGACAGUCUCCAGCCUCGAAUUCGAUACCACAGUCCUUUCUCUCUGCUCAGUAUACCCGUUCUUACCUCUGAGAAGUAACACGAUGACAUCUCUACGAUCAGCGACUGCAAUGCGUCGCGCCGCUUGCAGGAGGCCGAGCUUGUCGCAGCUCCAGCCCACCACUCUUCUUUAUCGACGAGGGCUCGUAUCGCACCGAGACAAGAAAACACCAUAUGAGAAGCGAGAAAUUGCUGGCGAUGGGAAACACGGGCACUUCAACAUCGGCGGAAAGGUCUACGUGGUGACAGGAGGUGGUCAGGGCCUAGGGUUCUCGAUAGCAGAGGGGCUUGUCGAAGCCGGCGGCACCGUCCAUGUCCUCGACAGAUCGCCAGAGCCAACAAAGGAGUUUGAGGAUGCUAGAAAUCGCAUGGAUUUUGAGUUUGAUGGCGCUCUGGAGUACCAUCAGGCGGAUGUGUCAGACGAGAAAGCGCUGGGCCGGAUCAUCCCAGAAAUUGCAGCGCGGAAGAAGCGAUUGGACGGGUUGGUUGCAGCGGCAGCGAUUCAGCAAGUGACGAAGGCCAUCGAUUACAAGCAGACAGAUAUCGCCAAGAUGAUGUCAGUCAACUAUACAGGGGUUUUCCUCGCAGCGCAGGCUUGCGCUCGCGAGAUGUUGAACUACAAAAGUGAGGGUUCGAUGUGUUUGGUGGCCUCGAUGAGCGGCACGAUCGCCAACAGAGGACUUCACGCUCCCGUAUACAAUUCUUCGAAGGCCGCGGUCAUCCAGCUCGCCCGGAAUCUAGCCAUGGAAUGGGGCCGGAAGAGGCCAGAUGGUUCAGGUGGAAUCCGUGUGAACUCCUUGAGCCCUGGUCACAUCGUGACGCCUAUGGUGCAGGAGAACUUCAGGAGAGGCGAAUCAAACCGAUCUGAGUGGGAGGACAACAACAUGCUCGGAAGAAUCAGCAUGCCAGAGGAGUACAAGUCAGUAGCGCUAUUCAUGCUGAGCGGAGCGAGCAGCUAUAUGACUGGACACGAUCUGAGGAUCGACGGAGGCACCACUGCCUGGUGAAUUGGUCAGCUGGUGUGUCAUGAACUCUCGGCGAGCAUUAUUAGCGUCUUCAGCGUUGGCGCGUAUUUUUAUAGCGAGCAGAAUGAGCGCUUGUGAAUUGCCU